AUGACCAUGUUAGAAUUCUACACGAACAUUAAUCCAGGAUUGAUGCAGGACGGGAUGCAGCCGCCCCUCACCUGCACCGGGAGAACAGAACUGAGCGCCAGCAUCAAAAGGGAGAAGAUAGUCGAGAUCUGCGAAGGGUGCGGCCAAAAAAUUCAAGAUCGAUACCUGAUGCGGGUCGGAGAGCUCUCCUGGCAUGAGCACUGCCUCAGCUGCUGUGUCUGCGGGUGUCCGCUUGCUCACACCUGCUACACCAGAAACGCGAAACUUUACUGCAAACCCGAUUACGAUAGAUUGUUCGGGGUGAAGUGUACAAGAUGCGGCGACCGUCUUCUCCCACAAGAAAUGGUAAUGAGGGCCCAACAGUAUGUCUUUCACAUACAAUGCUUCGUCUGCGUGAUGUGUUGCCAACCGCUACAGAAGGGCGAACAGUACGUUAUUCGCGCUGGUCAAAUAUUUUGCAGGCAAGACUUUGAAAAAGAAAUGUAUCUAAUGCAGCAUGCUGAAGAUGACAUGAUUAUCGAUGAUUCAGAGCGUCCUAGAGACGGACGACGAGGCCCGAAGCGUCCUCGUACCAUCCUUACUUCUGCCCAACGCAGGCAGUUCAAAGCGUCUUUCGAGGUCAGUCCGAAGCCUUGCAGGAAGGUCCGAGAGGCACUCGCUAAAGACACCGGUCUGAGUGUUAGGGUCGUGCAAGUUUGGUUUCAAAAUCAACGAGCUAAAAUGAAAAAGAUCCAACGCAAAGCCAAACAAGAAGGCGACAAAAACGGUGACAAAGAGAAAGAUAAGGACGAAAAAUCGAUCAAACAAGAGUCGCCGACAAGCGAGCACGGAAAUUAUUUAGGUCUUGAUGGAUCAUACUCUGCCUCCAGCCAGCCAUUAAAUCCUAACCUUCCAUAUUCGCCCGAUGAUUACCCAGCGCAUUCAGGGGACAGCUUUUGCAGUUCCGACAUAUCCCUCGAUGGCAGCAAUUUCGACCAGCUAGACGAGGGCGCGUCCGACACAAUGAGCCUGCAGAAUCUGGAAGUGCAGCACCACAAUCACCAGCAUCCUGGCCACUCUGCACACGAGCCACUGAACCUCGGAACCGGAGCCGUCGUUAACCCGAUCGACAAACUUUACCUAAUGCAGAAUUCAUAUUUUAGUACUGAUCAUUGA